ACGCAACUCUCUCAAUUGCGGUGGACCUCUUGUCCUUUCACCAAAAGGGGCUUCAGAAGCGGGAUUGCUGGAAACCUGACCUCGUUGCACACUUCAUUUGGACCCCAUCGAGUUCACUAGGUACCUUCAAUCAACCCGACGCUACCUGGAAAAGGAAGAGAGGCCAGAUCGUGUAUAAAUCCUAUGCAACUUGCUCCAGAACGUGCGAUGCACCCCGACUCCUCCCAAUGCUCCAAUCAUGCAUACCAUACUUCACUCGCAUACCCCUUCUUCCGUGAGCAGCAGCACAUCAACAAAAGCAGCCACUAUGCCCUCAGCCGCCACUCGCCACAAAAUUCUCGAUGAGGUGCGAUCGAUAGUCCCCCCACUGUCGGAGAAGAUGCACAAGGGUCAAGCGGGUCGUGUAGGGGUCGUUGGUGGUUCGCGCGACUACACUGGAGCGCCCUUCUUUGCGAGCAUGUCCUGCAUGCGACUUGGCGCAGAUAUGAGUCAUACGAUUUGUGAGCCGAGCGCAGGCAAUGUCAUCAAGACGUACAGCCCGGAUUUGAUUGUGCACAGGAUCCUCGAUGAGAACAAGUCACACGACGAUAUCAAAAAGGAGAUGAAAGGUAUCUUCGAGCGAUUACACAGUGUCAUUGUUGGUCCGGGGUUAGGUCGCGACAAGCACAUGCAAUCAUGUGGGAAAAUUGCUAUGGAGCUGGCUCGAGAAAGCGACAUAUACAUCGUAGUAGAUGCUGACGGCCUGUGGCUCGUACAGAACGAGCCAGAUGUUGUGAAAGGUUACACAAAGUGCAUCCUGACACCGAACGUCGUUGAGUUUGGCCGCCUGUGCAAGAGGAUGGGCAUCGAUUCCAAGGAAGCCAACAGCGAAAAUGCAGCCAAGCAGCUUGCACUUGCGCUUCAGGGCCCGACGAUCCUCGAAAAAGGCCGCGUGGACCGCAUCACGAACGGGAAAGAAGUGCUGAUCUGCGACGAGCAGGGUGGGCUCAAACGCGCAGGCGGACAAGGCGACAUUCUUUCUGGUUGCCUUGGCACGUUCCUCGCGUGGGCGUCCGUCUAUCAAGCUGGCGUCAGUGCAGAGGAAAAUGUAGGAGCCCGGAUCGCGGACGACAGAUUGCCGUUGCUUGCGGGGUAUGGUGGAUCUAUCACGACGAGGACGUGCAGCCGCGAGGGGUUCCGACGCAAGGGGAGGGCGAUGCUAGCUAAUGAUCUGCUCGAGGAGGUAGGCCCUGCUUAUGCAAAGCUCUUUGGUGAGCCAUCGGCCGCAUUGUAGAUCCGCCGCACCGCAGCCUUGCACUGUAGAGAAAUAUGUUUUAAAGAUCUUGAACAAUGCCCAUUACAAAU